AUUUUCUAAUGUCGCACAGUAGCACCAACACUUCAUUCGAGCGUCAAUUAAUCAAAUAACAAACGAAGUUUGAAACUGUUCAGUUCAUAUAAGCCAUCAACAUGGGAUCAGAAACCGAAGCUUCACUUCCAGUUAUUGACUUUUCCAUUGAGGAUUUGGAGUCCAAUGUUGCUGAGUGGGAAUUAGUGAAAUCCCAAGUUCACAAAGCACUUGUAGAGUAUGGUUGCUUUGAGGCUGUGUUUGAUAAAGUACCUUUGGACCUUCGAAAAGCCAUAUUUCUUGAAGUGGAAGAGAUGUUCGAUCUUCCUUUGCAAACCAAGCAACGCGUUGUGUCUAGUAGGCCAUACCAUGGUUAUGUUGGACCUGUUCAAAUCUAUGAGAGCAUGGGAAUUGAAGACGCAGAUGUUCAUGACAAAGUCGAAAGUUUAAUCAAGAUCUUAUGGCCACAAGGAAAACCAAGUUUUAGCAAAAAUCUACAAUUCUUCAUAGAGCAAGUGUCAAGGUUGGAUCAGAUUAUUAGGAAGAUGAUUUUGGAGAGUUUAGGUGUCGAAAAGUAUUUGGAGGAGCACAUGAACUCAACAAAUUACCUUGCACGGCUUAUAAAGUACGAAGGCCCUCAAACUAAUGAAGCAAAAUUUGGCCUAGUAGAGCACACAGAUAAGAACAUAUUCACCACAUUGUGUCAAAAUCAAAUUGACGGUUUAGAGGUACAGACAAAAUGUGGAGAAUGGAUCAAAUGCAAGCCCUCGACAUCAAAUAGUUUCGUUGUUCUUACUGGGGACACACUUUAUGCAUGGACAAAUGGAAGGGUGCAUACGCCAGUUCACCGAGUGAUGAUGAGCGGAAAUGAAACAAGGUUCUCUAUUGGACUGUUCACAGUUCCAAAACCAGGGUUGAUAAUUAAGGCCCCAGAUGAGCUUGUGACAGAAGAGCACCCUUUGCUGUUUAAGCCCUUUGUUCAGAGUGAGUUCAUGAAGUUUCUUCGCUCUUCUGAGGGUAUCAAAAAUGCUCUCAAGGUUUAUUGUGGAGUCUGAGGUUUGAUUCAUGAUUGCACUAGUGCUCCCUCUACACAGUCCCUUUUUAAUGUUCACAUAAGUAUGUAACAUAUGUUUGCAUGAAGUUUGCAGUGUGGUGUGUGUAUGUAUGAACCUCUCUUCUGAGUCUUCUCCAAUUCCCAUGCACAGAGAUAAUGUGGGUUUUGUAUUAUCCAAACUCCAGAAGAGAGUUUGUUUUACAGCUUCUGUAAUAAUAGAAUGUAGUCACUAUUUGCAAAAGUCAAGAACACAUCACUCGUGUGGUUAUAUUUUAU